AUUCCUUCCUCUACAGUGUUUCUAGAUGACAACAAUGAGACAAUCUAUGGAAGAUGGAGUCAGUGAGGUUUUAUCGAGUGUUGUGGAGGAUGUUGGUGAAGCUGUCAGUAGAAACAUUAGUGGUGCUCAGCUUCUUCAUGAACUACUGAGUGCUCCAUGGCUACGCGCCUUACUAAAGAUUUAUGAGUGCCUGUUGCAGUUCCAGAGAUUUACUCCAAGUCCACUUCUUCCAUGUGCCUCUGGACUCGUACAAGAGAUCAUGGUAAUUAUACAAAGAGCUAACUGUCCUUCACCUGAUGCUCUUGAGCUCUACAAUCUCCUCAGCUCACCACAUAUCCAGGCCCUCCUAUCAUCUCACGACAGUGUGGCACAGUGUGACUAUUUACCCAUCCUUCCUCCUCUUCCGGAUGAAUUACCCGAGGAUGAGGAGGCCAUGAGGAUUGUUUGUCUUGUGAAGAACAACCAACCUUUGGGGGCGACAAUAAGGAGGGAUGAGGAGACAGGAGACAUCUACAUUGCCAGAGUGAUUCAUGGAGGAUUGGCAGACCGCAGUGGACUCCUUCAUCCUGGUGAUCUGUUAGUGGAGGUGAACGGCAACUCAGUGUUGGGGCUGGAGCCAGAAAAGGUCAUUCACAUACUGAACAGUUCGAUUGGAACUAUUCUCUUUAAAGUUAUUCCAAGGUCCACUCAGGUCACCAGCAACCAAAAACCGGUGUAUAUGAGGGCCAUGGUGGACUACUACCCCCUGCAGGACUCCUCUAUACCAUGUCCAGAUGCAGGAAUGGCUUUCAGCAGAGGGGACCUGCUGGAGGUGGUUGACCAAUCAGAUGCACAGUGGUGGCAGGCCAGAAAGGUUCCCUGUGGUGCUUCCUUCGCUGGUCUAAUUCCUUCUGCCAGCACCCUGAGGAGUAAACAGAGGGAGCAGUGGUGGUGCCAUCCUUCCCAGGUUCACACCUGCAUCAGGCCUUACAGCGUGGCUGAUAAUGAGGAGGAUCUAACACAAGCUGAUGGCAAGAGGAUCCAAACUGAUUUGGAAAACAAUAAAGAAAUUAACUUUGAUGAGGAAGACUCAGAUAUAACUGAGGGGAUUUAUCUUGCGGGCUUCCGGCGGAGCUUCCGCCUCUGGAGGAGGACGUCCUAUAAGAGGAGGCGGCAGUCCUGCACUUCCUGCACCCCCAGUACCAAUGCACUGGCCACCCCUUAUGAGGAGGUAGCCUUGUAUCAGCGCCUCCCGCAGGAGAACCACCGCCUCAUCAUCCUCAUUGGUGCUUCAGGAGUUGGAGUCAACGAGCUGAGGAAGAGACUCAUCAAACUAAACCCUUCAACCUUCCAGGGACCCGUACCUCAUACAACUCGCCCAAUGAGAGACGGGGAGCAGGCAGGCAGAGAGUACCACUUUGUCACUAAAGAACUGUUUGAGUACAUGGUUUGCAACCACAGAUUUGUUGAGUAUGGGGAGAGUAAAGGUCACCUGUAUGGAACCAGCAUUGAUGCCAUUCACGAUGUGCUAAAACGAGGCCGGAUGUGCAUCAUUGAUGUUGAACCACCAAGCAUCCAUUUUUUACGAUCAAGAACCCUGAAGCCGUAUGUGAUUUUCAUCAAAGCACCAGGCCCAGAAUGUCUAAGACAAAGUCGAAGGAACGCCAGAAUCAUCACUGGUUACGCCGUCAACAGGGCAUUCACAGAGGAUGACUUUCUAGAGCUGGAGGAGAUGUCCCAACUCAUCGAGGCCAAAUGCAAACAGUACUUUGAUAGCGUUGUGGUGAACGAUGACCUACAGGACGCUUGCAUGCAGCUCUGCUCCAUCAUCCAGCAGGCGCAGAACGAGCCUCAAUGGAUCCCUGUGUGCUGGCUGCAUGCAGAGGAGUAGCACAUGAGGAAGGCAGAGCCCUGCUGAUGAGUUCUAAGAGAAGACAAGGAAAAUUAGCUAAAGGAUAGACAUAAUCUUUCAGUCAAGCUUACACA